CAUCAAGAUGGACAAUUAGUUAUAUUAUGCAUGGUGUGUAGGUGAUGAGAGAGCAAACUUAACUUUUAUGAAAAUUGUACAAAUCUGGUCGAUUAUCAGUCAUCUUUAUGGUGAGAUCAUACCCUUUUUGUUAUUAUUGUGAGUAAUAAAUUAAUAAUUUCCAUUUUAAACUUCGAAUGAAUUUAUUAUUUUUUUUUUGAUAAAUCGAAUGAAUGAAUUUAUAUUUGCGUUAAAAAAUUAGAAAACAAUUUCAAUCUUUGCUUUUCCAAAUUAUGUGAUCCAUCAUCCAACCAUGGCUUCCGCCCCGCCAAUCUCACUUUCCCCAUCGUACCUUUUCGCUGCAAUCGACAUGGGCACCAACUCUUUCAAGAUGCUUCUGGUCCGAGUCUACCCCAACAAUGGUAAUAAGUUCUUCAUAAUCGAUCACCGCAAAGAGCCCGUCGUACUCGGUCGCCAGGCUUCCAAUUCCACAACAACCCCUUUCGCCAUUUCCGUGGAUUCCGAGCUUCGAGCUCUCGACGCCCUUCAAAACUUCCAGCAACUCCUCAAAUCGUACGGCAUUGCCUCCGCCCAGACUCGCUGCGUGGCCACCUCGGCGGUUCGGGAAGCUGUGAACAAGUGGGAGUUUACUAAGAACGUAAGGGAAAAGAUUGGAUUGAGGAUCGAUAUACUUCCUGGUGAAGAGGAAGCUAGGCUUGCUUAUCUGGGUACGCUUCAAUUUUUCCCUUUAUAUGAAAAAUUGGUUCUUUGUGUUGAUAUUGGAGGUGGGUCUACUGAAUUUGUGGUUGGGAAAAAAGGGAAUGUUAUAUUUGCUGCUUCUUUGAAUUUGGGUCAUGUUACAUUGACCCAAAAGUUUGGGGAGAGUGUAGAAGAACAAGUGUCCAAAAUGAGAGAGUAUAUUAGAUUAGUUAUUGGAAAAUCUGGGUUGAUUGAGAAUAUCAAAAGGUUUGGUUUUGAGGUGGUUGUUGGGUCUUCUGGUACAAUUCAGGCUGUGGAGAAGGCUGUUUUUUAUGGUUACUCGAAUGGAAGCUGUGUUCUGGAUCAUACUGUAGUGGUUAAUGGGGAUGGUAAAAGGGAUUGGAGAUUGAGUAAAGAAGAAAUUAGGAGUGUUGUUAAGAGAUUGUGUGGUGGUGGUGGAGGAGAGAAAGAGAAUGGAAUGAGAGAAAAGUUAUUUAAAAGGCGGUGUGAGUUUAUUGUUGCUGGAGCUGUUUUACUGGAGGAGAUAUUUGAGGCUCUUGGCAUUGAGAAAAUGGAGGUUUCUGGGUUUGCAUUAGCAGAAGGUGUUGUUGCUGAGGUUUUAGGUAAGGUUUGUGGUGAGGGUUACGAUAUGAAUGCGAACAAUAGAAGGCGGUCUGUUCUUCAGCUUGCUUCAAGGUUCAAUGGGAAGAAGAGGAUGAUAGCUGCUGCACAGUGUGCUUGUAUUGCAAAUGAAAUUUUUGAAGAGUUGAGGAAAUGUGACGAACUUUUUGAUAACGAAGUUGCUGUCUGUUUAGACGACAAGGAACUUGAGUAUGUUGAAGCUGCUUGUAUGCUUCACAACAUUGGGAUCUUCACUGGUAAAAAAGGAUUUCAUAAGCAGUCUUGCCGCAUUAUCAUGAACAGUGAUCGUCUUCAUGGUUACAGCACAGAGGAAACUAAGUUAAUAGCCCUACUUGCAAGAUAUCACAGGAAGAAGUUACCGAAACUUGAUCAUGCAUCCUUCAAGGAUUUUCCAAAAGAGCUGAAGAAGAAGUUCAAUUGUCUAUGUGCGAUUAUACGGGUUUCCGUUGCAUUAUGUCAACACAGUUGCAUGUACAAUCAAGAGAUAGGCUCUUCAGAUUCUCAAGAAGUUUUCAAACUGACACUCGACACGAUUCUUCCUUUAAAUGAAUUUGAGAACAACACUGAAGAACUAAAGAAAGAGUUGGAACACUUCAAAAAGGUGUUCCAUAGAGAUUUGUCUGCUCUAGUUUCUUGAAAAACUUCAAAAUGAUGAGACAAUGGUCUAUUGAGACACACAUUGGUCUAUUUGAAGUUACUUGAUGCUCUAACUUGGUUGAUAAUUUCACAAGAUAUUUGUUCCCGAAAAUGAUACCGGUGUUGGUCCCUCGAAGUGAAGAUACUGAUGAUGUUGCUGCCCCCUCCCCGAAAUCAUGGAAAUGUUUGGCACUCCUUCUUCCAUGUGUAUUCUUGUGACAUGUCUAAGUCUCUAUUCUACUGAAGAGUGAAGACAAAGUAGCUUUACAUGAAAAAAGUACCAUUGUGGUCCUUAGUGUGAGGUCUUCUUCAAGCUCAACCAUUCAAGCAGGGGUCCCAAUUAAUGUGAUAUUUACUUGAAUCUUGAAGGUGACUCUAUUAAUGUACAAAAUGAAGUUAGUUGUCACUUGAAAGAGUGUAUACUAUACACUACUAAAUUUUAUAGAUUUAAUACGAAAUAAGUAUAUGUAAUAGGUAUUGAUAUUAAGUUGUCCAACAUUAUACUACAUCGUGAGUAAUUAGCGUUUAAAAAAUGAGACUUGAUAUUAAAUUAUAUCAAUAGUAAUAUGUUAUUUUUUGUGGUACUUCUCUUAACUUUUUUAAAUGGAUAAAGAGUUGCUGAGUUUGUCACCAAUAAUGAUGCUGUAUUGAACAUGUUGGGGAGAAGUUGUUCAAUUGUCUUAUCA